UCUUCAUCUUCACCCCUCACUCUCAUAGCAAGUUCCAUCACUGAAUCACAAACCUCAUCAUGAAGCGUUUGCAUUGAGCCGUGUUGUCGUGCUGGCAACCCACCUGCUCUGCUCUGGAUCAGUCUCGAUCACCCCUCCUCCUCCUCCUCCUAUCUAUCUCUCUCCAUCUCCACUUUCCAUCUCUAUUCUGAUGGGCCUAGACUACCUUUGAGAGGAGAGAGUCGGGUUGGGAGAGCGCAGUCUUCAUGCUUCGAUCGUUGUUGGGGACGCUCUCUCGCUCUCUCGCUCUCUCGCUCUCCCGCUCAUUCACAAUCGUGUCCUCGCAUCACACGCAACUUGGAACACUCGCUGCUCCGUCUUCAGAUUCUCUAAAAGCAAGAGAGUCGACGCAGGCAGUGCCCCCGUUUGAUUGCUGCUUCAUUCUCUCUCCCUAAUGCUUAAUGGCUUGUUCCGCUACAACUGCAGUCCUCCCCCCCCCCAAUAUCAACAAGUCACUCACUGAACAACUUGUACUUGCUUGUUUGUUUGGCUGUUGAUCUGCUUUGUCACUUCAGAUCAGUCAUCGCUCACCGUUCAGACAGUUUUCCAAGUUCUCCACCCGAAUCUAUCGCCAACCACCAACCGCACACACACCCUCUUUGCCUUGGAACCAGCAGCUCAUUUCAUUGCCAACAACACACCCCACGCCUCUUGUUUGCUCUCUUCUGCUGGACCUGCCUGUUUUGCCUCCGAAACGCAAAAGGAAGAUGAUCGACCACGGAGUUCCACACCAGCUCACGACGUCCGCCUCACAGUCCAAGCUAGACCGCCACAAUGCAGCGGUGGGCAUUGGCACUGCGAGCGGAUCUCACGCACAGACCGCGGCAGUCGCACGGCAGACGGUCGUGCACGUCGUCGGCAUCUGCGUGCUCUGGUUUCUCUCGUCGGCCCUCACCAACAACGUUGGCAAGACAGUCCUCAUGAAGUUCCCCUUCCCGACGACCGUCACCAUGACGCAGCAGCUCGUCAUCACCUUCUGCAUGUAUCUGACGCUCUACGUCUUCCGCCUGCACCCCCGCCAGCCAAUCUCCAUGUCGCAGUACCGCAGCCUCAUCCUGCCCCUCUCCCUCGCCAAGAUUCUCACCUCCAUCUCCUCCCACGUCUCCCUGUGGCUCGUUCCGGUGUCCUAUGCGCAUACGAUCAAAGCAAUAGCACCCAUUUUCGCAGUCAUCUUCUCGGUGCUCAUCCUGCGGGAACGACACUCGAUGAAAACCUACAUUUCGCUCGUGCCCAUCAUUCUGGGCGUUCUGCUGGCCACCGUGACGGAGCUCGAGUUCAACUUUAUCGGCAUGCUCGCCGCCAUCUUUUCCAUGAUGAUUCUGUCGCUGCAAAACAUUUACUCGAAAAAGCUCUUCAAGGAAAAAAAGUUUGAUCACUUCAACCUGCUCUACUACACGUCGCUCGUGUCGUGCUUGAUUAUCGUGCCAAUCUGGCUUGUGACGGACGCACGCGCCAUCAUGCACUGGUACUCGUCGUCCGAGUCGGAGCGGCUCAUUGCCGCGUCGGGCCACGCCGAGGACACGUUCAUGCACGGCACCGCCGAGGUCGACGCUGCCGGCAUCUCAGUCCCGUAUCUGCUGGGCCAGCUCACCAUCGACGGUCUAUGUAACUUUGCACAGAGCAUCACAGCCUUCUCGCUCCUGUUUAUUGUCUCGCCCGUCAGCUACUCUGUCGCCAACAACUCCAAGCGCAUUGUCAUCAUUGCGGCGGGCUUGUUUACCUUCCGCAAUCCAGUCACGUGGGCAAACGUGUUGGGCAUGUUCUUGGCCAUUCUGGGCGUCGGUCUGUACAACAAGGCCAAGCUCGAAGGCAUGGGCGACUCGAGCAGCAAGCUACCGACGCACCACAAGCGCGGAGGCAGCGACGGGCCCACGCUUCGCAUGGAUGCCGACACCGCCGCCAUCAGCUCUGCACUGCUCACGCAAACACCAUCCUCUGACAUUCCGCUCACCAUGCUUGAUCGGCAAGAGCACUCCUACUCUGUCUGGCACGGGCUCAAGGCCGACUCGAACUUUGGAUUGCAAGCACAGCAGCACUAUGCCAGCCAUCUGCAGUACAAUUCGAAUGGCGCGAGUGGGUUUCCAACAGUGACAGCAGCCGCGGCGGCUGCAGCAGCGGCCUCAUCGGCAUCAUCAUCAGCCGCCACGGCUUCCUCGGGAGCAUCCGUCGGCAUGUCGUCGUCAUCGUCGUCGUAUCUGCACGGCGGCUCCAAUCACGCGUACGAGCCGUAUCUACGGCCAAGCGUCAGCGCAAGCGCCAACAGUAUGGGCGCCAAUAGUGCAACUCCGCGCAUGAACGGCGCUGGCGGCAGCUACUCCAGCGGUGGGUUUGGUUCGCACGAACCGAAAACACUGCUUGUCUCGACUUAACACCUUUUUUUUGUUCUUUGUUCAUUUAUCUCUGGUUUGCCAUGUGUGUGGCAGCUAAAUUUAAUUGUGUCUUAUUGUUGUUGUUCUUUACGAUUGUCAUGCUGAUGCGCCAAGGCAGUACAUGGAUCAAUAGAGAGCAAUUGUAUUCUCA